AUGCAGAAGAUUGCUUCAUUUGAACUCCCUAGGUGGAUUGACCACCACAGCCAGGAUACCUCGCUGAUGCUGGCUGGGAGUGCGACGCCGGCCUUGUCUGUUCAGGAUCUCAUUGAUCUCUCCACAGACAGCAAGAAAACUGCGGAUGCACUCUCGGUAAAUUCGCUGAAACUUUCUUUAUCUACGCCAAGUGGAAGCGAGGCACUUCGCAGGCAGAUUGCCGGGCUGUACAAUGGAAUCACUGCAGACCAGGUAUUGGCUACUCAGGGAACGUCUGGAGCCAACGCUUUGGUUUUUCAGAGCCUACUCGGAGCUGGUGACCAUAUAAUCAGCAUGUAUCCUGCCUAUACCCAGCUUCUGUCUAUUCCGAAGGCGAUUCCGGGCGUUGAACACUCUUUCUGGUCUUUGGAUAUAGACAACACUAUGCAAGCGAAUGUUCAGCUUCUUGAGAGCUUGAUUCAGCCGAAUACCAGGAUGAUUGUCCUCAAUAAUCCGAAUAACCCACUGGGGACUGUCCUGCCACUUGAAGUGCAACGCGAGAUUGCAGCCUUGGCCCAUUCCCGGGGCAUAACUCUGCUUGUUGAUGAGAUAUUUCGGCCGCUGUUCCAUGAUUCAAGCACUGCGUGUCCUCCGUCGUUUGUCGAGAUUUCUGACAGCUACGAAAAUAUCAUUGUCACUGGCUCUUUGAGCAAGGCCUGGGGGCUGUCUGGUGUUAGAAUAGGCUGGAUUGUCACUAGAAAUCCAGACAUCCUGGCGCGCUGUGUCAACUUGAGUCUCUACACGACCAUGGCUCUGAGUACAAUUGACCAGGUCAUCGCUACGGAGGCUCUGAGCGAUCGGUGUCGGCCAGCGAUAUUAUCGCGACACCUUGACUUGGGUAGGAAGAAUAUUGCGAUCUUGAGCGACUUCGUGGAGAGAAAUCAACGUUUUUGCUCCUGGACUCGCCCAAGCGCAGGCGGGACAGCGUUUCUGCGGUUCUUUAAGGAUGGGGCCCCUGUCGACGAUCUUGACUUCUGCUUAAAAUUGAAGGAGCAGAAGGGCGUUCUUCUAGCUCCAGGCAGCCUGUGCUUUGGACUUGAUCGCGCUCAGGACUUUCGUGGGUUUGUUCGAACCCAUCUCACGGUGCAGCCUGCGCGGAUAGCCUCGGCUUUAGAUGCUCUUGGGGACUUCCUGCAUACUUAUUUGAAUAAUUAA